ACAAAAAUGGCAACUCCAAACAUGGCUACUAUUGAGAGAUCCUUGCAAAACUGCUCCUUGAACCACCAACUCGCAGUGCCGGCGGCGGAGACGUUGGAACUCAAUUCAGAAGCCACAGCCCUCCCUUUGCACUGGGAGCAAUGCCUUGAUUUAAAGAGCGGUGAGAUAUACUACAUCAAUUGGAAGACGGGCAUGAAAGCGACGGAGGAUCCACGGACGGUGGACUUCUCGGAGGAGGACAGCAGCGACGGGUCGUCAUCGCCUUCUUCAUCAACAGAGCAAUGGGGUGGUCAACAAAAUUGUUGUGAUGAAGAAGAAGAAGAAAAGAGUGAGAAUACUAAUACUAAUACUAAUACUAAUACUAAUACUAAUACUAAUAAUGUGGUGGUGGUGGCUGGAUGCAAGGCCUGCCUAAUGUACUACAUGCUGCCCAAACACCUGCAAAUAUGUCCCAAAUGUUGUGCUCAACUUCUCCACCUUGAUCCAUCCCAAAAUGCACCCUCUUCUUGAAAACAAAAAUCCUCUUUUUUCUCUUAAUCAGCCAAAAUGCAUUCUUAAUCUUGUAUUCAUUCUUUACAUUUUAUGAUUUCUUGCAUUAUAUUUUAAUUUUCACGCAUUUAUUGUUUUUAAAAAUUGGUACCAGUGUGUGUAGUAAGAGAAGUAGUGUGCAGAUGAAUAUGGUUCAAUGUUUGGGCCUUUCGGGGUAUGAAUACCGUUUGCUUAUAAAAGGACUCUAUAUUUUCAUGA